AUGCGGAUACCCGCAGUAGGAGAAGAGUCAAUUCAAGAGCUUUGGAUUAAAAAUAUAUGGUCUCGUCUGGAUAUUACAAAUAAUUCAGAUGCAAAUACCCAGUAUUUGUCCGUCAUUAUUCGCGAAUUUGUCAAUUUCUUCAGCAGAUGUGGUUUUCAAAGAAACGUAGCGAAAUACUUCGAUAAUCAAGGGCCUUUUCAACUUGAACAAUCAAUAAUUUCAGGAAGCUGGAGUGAAGGUCUUUGCGUGUUUUUUAAAUCCUCUGCGGAAAUUGCACGGCCAGAUGUGGACUUUAUGUGCGUUCUUAAGAAUAUCAAGUUCACUGCAAAUGACCAAAUUUGUGGAAACUUAACAGUAAGGGACGAUACCCCAUUUAUUAAUGCGUAUAUAACUGACGAAAUAAGUGCCAAAUUAUGGAAGGAUUUCUUGCACGACUCUUGUGACCACCAUUCACCAAACAAGCAUCAGCUUUCUUCAUUCAAACUGAAAGAAAAGUUACGUCAAAACUAUUCCAGUGUCGGGAAUUUUUUUCAUUCUAUUUCAGACCCAUUAUCGCAGCAUCACGUUCACAAUGAACCGGGAAGUGCAGCCUUUACGGUAGUUAACACGUCUGUCCCCAAUACGGAUUUCAUGUCUAAUCUUGAUGCAUUUUGUAGAUCACGCUCGGGUUUUCUUCAGCGGGAAAUAGUGAAAAACCUAGCAAACCUAAUCUAUAAAUAUCUACCAUCUAGUGACAUUGUUUUGGCUUUGUCUUGUGAUGGAUGGCCUUUAUCUGCCAAAGAGUUACCCGUGAACGAAUCUGGCCCGAUAAAGAUUUGGUUAAAAAAAUUACUGAGGAUGGGUUCCAUAUUGUUCCCAAGUGUUCGCCAGAAGGAGACUUUCGUUUGUCUUUCUCGUCUGCGGAAACUACUUUAA